AUGAAAGUAAAGGAGGAAACUUUAGCUUUGAAUUCAGGCUAUGGAGCUGUUUUAAGACCCGAUGAUCACUUUUCCGGCAUUCGUAGUACUAUGAAGAUGAACAUGAAGAACUUUCUGAAGAAACUGCACAUCACUCCGAACCAAUCAGACGAAGCUGAAGGAUCGAUUUCAACAGCUCGGAGCAAUAACAAAUCGAACGACGUACCAUCGCCGCCGGAUUCGUCGAGGACGAGUCACCAUAGCCCCGAAGUCAAACCCUUUUCCGGUUUAUCAAACUGGUUAAGCUCCGUUGGUCAUCGGAAAACCCACAGUCCACCAAAUUCGUUCAAUGCCAAGAACAGAGAGGCUAUUGAACAUGGUGGUGAUGACCCCGUUGCUGUUACUGGGUCGGAAUCUGUGGAGGAACAGCAAGAUCCGGAGGUUGUAGAAGAGUAUCAGAUACAGCUGGCUUUAGAGUUGAGUGCCAGAGAAGAUCCUGAAGCUGCUCAGAUUGAGGCUAUGAAGCAAUUCAGCUUAGGCUCUUGUGCUCCUGAGAAUUCUCCAGCGGAACUUAUUGCUUAUCGCUACUGGAAUUACAACUGUCUUGGCUAUGAUGAUAAGAUCUUGGAUGGUUUUUAUGACUUGUAUGGAGUGUUGAAUGGAUCAUCAUCGGAGAGAAUACCUCCUCUGCUGGAUCUUCAAGGGACGCCUGUCUCGGAAGGUGUGGCGUGGGAAGCUGUUCUUGUGAACAGGAGUGGGGAUGCUAAUCUGCUGAGGCUUGAACAGACGGCUCUUGAGAUUGAAGCGAAGUCGAAGACGGUUUCUUGCUCUGGCUUUGUGAACAGUGAGUUGGUGAAGAAACUGGCUGUUCUGGUUGGAGAUUACAUGGGUGGACGAGUGGUGGAUCCGGAUAGUAUGUUGAGAGCUUGGAGGAGUCUUAGCUACAGUUUGAAAGCAACUCUUGGAAGCAUGGUUUUGCCACUUGGUUCUCUCACUAUUGGAUUGGCUCGUCACCGUGCCUUGCUAUUCAAAGUUUUAUGUGAUAGCGUUGGUGUUCCUUGCCGGAUAGUCAAAGGACAGCAAUACACAGGCUCGGAAGAUGUGGCAAUGAACUUUAUCAAGACUGAUGAUGGCAGGGAGUAUAUUGUUGAUCUCAUGGGAGAUCCAGGGACGCUUAUUCCAGCUGAUGCAGCUGGACUUCAAAUAGACUAUGAUGAAUCUGUCUACUCCGCUGGUCCAGGAGAGAACGUUUCGUUUCAAGUAGCUUCUUCCAGCAAUGGGACUGAGAGCUCAUUGAAAGAGAAUGUAGAGUCUCGGACAAGGGAGAGAAACCAAUCCGGAGGUGGAGGCGAUCUCAUUGUUCAUCCAAAUAUUUCUAAGGAAGAUGUGAAGAAUGAGACGAAUGUUGAGAAGGAUCAACUUCAAAAUCUCUCUAGCAAGCCUAUUCAUUCUUUCACACAUAUGAGAUCACCUUCUUGGACUGAAGGAGUUAGCUCCCCAGCUGCGAGGAGGAUGAAAGUCAAAGAUGUCUCACAGUAUAUGAUUGAUGCUGCCAAAGAGAAUCCACGGUUAGCUCAGAAGCUUCAUGAUGUGUUACUUGAAAGCGGAGUUGUAGCUCCGCCUAAUUUAUUCUCCGAAGUCUAUCCUCAGCAGUUGGAGGCAAACAUUGAAAUGAAAACUCCGGCUGAAGCCAAGAAAGAGAAAGGGAAAGAUUUAGAGACAGCUCAGCAAGAAAGACACCAAAACGAUUCCGAUCAAGUGCGGUUUCUGCCUCCAUUACCAAGAGUGCAACCUAAAGCAAUUACAAAUGAUCAUGGCAAAGUUGUUAGUCAGUCUGAUUCUUCACAUUCUGAAGCAUCUUCUACAGAGUAUGCAAGAACCGUUCCUGCUGCUGUAGCUGCAGCGGCUGUGGUUGCAUCUUCAAUGGUUGCUGCAGCUGCUGCCAAGUCUGCAAACUCAGACUCCUCCACUUUAGAAAUUCCUGCUGCAGCUGCGGCCACGGCCACUGCUGCUGCAGUUGUGGCAACAGCUGCAGCCGUGUCCAGGCAGCUUGAACUAGGCUCGAACAGCGAUGGGGAUGCUGGUUCUGGUGGACAUGAGCCUCAAGGUGGUAGUGGGGAGUCUCAUCAUGGGCCAAGUUCAGGAGGUGAAAGAAUAUCUGACAGGUCUACUGGCAACGAAAGUUCAAAGUCUGAUGCUGCACUUGAUGAUGUAUCUGACUGUGAGAUUUUGUGUGAAGAAAUUACUGUUGGGGAACGCAUUGGACUCGGAUCUUAUGGAGAAGUGUAUCGUGGAGAUUGGCAUGGAACUGAAGUGGCGGUCAAGAAGUUCCUUGAUCAAGAUGUUACAGGAGAAGCAUUGGAGGAAUUCAGAAGUGAGGUCCGAAUCAUGAAAAAGCUUAGACACCCCAACAUUGUUCUCUUCAUGGGAGCUGUGACUCGUCCACCGAAUCUCUCAAUUAUCACAGAGUUUCUUCCUAGAGGGAGCUUGUAUAGGUUAAUCCAUCGGCCUAAUAAUCAAUUAGACGAGAGGAGGCGUCUAAGGAUGGCUCUUGAUGCUGCUCGUGGAAUGAAUUAUUUGCAUAGCUGUAGUCCGAUGAUUGUCCACCGUGAUCUCAAGUCCCCAAACCUUCUAGUUGACAAAAACUGGGUUGUGAAGGUGUGUGAUUUCGGUUUAUCUAGAAUGAAACACAGCACAUACCUCUCCUCAAAGUCAACAGCAGGCACGGCUGAAUGGAUGGCUCCAGAAGUGCUUAGAAACGAACCUGCUGAUGAGAAGUGCGAUGUGUACAGCUACGGUGUGAUACUAUGGGAGCUCUUUACGUUACAGCAACCAUGGGGAAAGAUGAAUCCGAUGCAAGUUGUUGGGGCAGUUGGGUUUCAGCAUCGGCGUCUUGACAUUCCUGACUUUGUCGAUCCAGCUAUUGCAGAUCUCAUCAGUAAAUGCUGGCAAACGGAUUCAAAGUUAAGGCCAAGUUUUGCAGAGAUAAUGGCUUCUCUAAAGCGGUUACAGAAACCUCUGACAGGUUCCAACAUUCCAAGACCAGUCCCCACUUCUUCUUCUUCAUUGACGACUGAACAAGAACAAAAGGAUUGA